CCGCAGGGCUGCGUUGGGGACAUCGGGGGACACCGGGGGCUGUGGGACCCUGUUGGGGCCAUUGGGGGACACCGAGGAAGGUGGCCGCGCUGGGGCCCUUCCGGGGACAUUGCCGGGGGACGCUGGGGGCUGCGGGGUCCCGUUGGGGACACGGGGGGGGGACACACCGGGGGGGGGGGGUGGCCGUGCUGGGGUGACGGGGCGGGUGACGUCCCCGCUGGCGGCGUCCCCUCGCCCAGCCCCCGUGGGCCGAGCCCGGCCCGAGCCGGGGCCUGUGUCCGGCCACCGCCGCGUCCCGGCCCCGCGUGUCCCCCCUCCGCGUCCCCUCCGCGUCCCCAAAGCCGCCGCCGCCACCUAUGGAGACCCCCGAGGCCACCGGGGCCAUCGUCCCCCCCGAGGUGUCCCCAGAGCUGCUGGAGCCGCUGGUGACUGUGGUGGCCAUCCUGGGCGAGCUGGGGGCCACCCCAGGGGACGUCCCCCUGGCCGUGUCCCCCUGGCCGUGCCACCGGGCUCACUGCGGGCCGGGCUGGUGGCCCUCAUUGCCGACGUGAAGCGGGCCAUGGGCCACCUUCAUGGAGAGGCCACCCGCCUCCAUCGUGCCCUGGCCACCGCCGGGGCCACCCCUGUGGCCACCCCUGAGCCUGCUGCUGUCCCGCCAGGGGAUCCCGCUGUCCCCAGGGCCACUGCGGGGGACCCUUGGACCACCGCGGCAACCAUCACCCUCAGGUGGCGGGAGGCGGUGGCCUCUGUGGAGGCCAUCUGGGCCAGGUUGGCAGGGGACGCUGUGCGUCUGCGGGACGCCUGUGGGAGCGCGGCCACCGCGGGGGCCACCGCUGAGGUCACCACGGACCACCUGGCAGCGGCGGUGGCCCAGCAGGACAAGGCGCGCCAGGAGCUGCUGGGGGCCACCCGGGCACUGCCAGUGACCUCAGAGGUGGCCACGAUGGCCGAGGCGGUGGCAGACCACGAGACACGGGUGGCCGAGGCCAGCGCGGGGCUGCAGGCGGCCACUGAGGCCACCGAGAAGACGGUGGUGGCCAUGGUGGAGACGGCGGUGGCCAAGGAACGGAGACGGGUAGCGGCGGUGGCCCACGAGCCCCUGGGACGCUUGGUGGCCGCCUGUCACGGGGCCACCUACUUCUACUGUCACCUGCGCCGCUGCCUCGAGGACAUCGAGGCCACCGUGGCUGCCAUGGCUGCUGGACACGGUGGCCCUGAGGGGACAGGCGGUGGCCCUGCGGCUCCUGGGGUGGCCCAGGAGGGUCCCGGUGUCCCCAGGGACCUGAUGGCAGCGGUGGCAGCGGCCGAGGGGCUGUGGGAGGCCAGCGCCCACCUGGCCAAGGGCCACCUCCUGGGGACGCUGCGGAUGGCGCGGGGACUGCUCGUCAAUCCUGGCGUCCCCGAUGCCACCGCGGCCACCACCGUGGCCCAGCGCUGCCGGGAUGCCACCGCCGCCCUCCCAGGGCUGCUGCGGGGACGGCGGUAGGGGACGGUGGCUUCGUUAGGGACCGAUGGCCUCGCUGGGGACCGGUGGCUUCUUCGGGGACCGGUGGCAUCAACACGUCACUGUUGCAUUCCUGGACCUGUGUCACUUUGUCCCCAACACGUG